AAAUGAGAGCAAAACUCAAACCGAUAUUAUACACGAUGUGAAAGUCUUGUGUAAAAUGUCCGAACAAAAUUACGUGUGAAAUUCGUGCAAGCAAAAUUCGAAUCGUUCCGCGUCCACAAAAGUCUUAAGAUCGAUAAGCCACAAAACUCAAAAGCUCAAAUACACAAGUGGAAAGAAAUGGCACAGCAGGAUCAACAGCAGCUGUCGGAGGCGACAGCCUUGCGGCUAUUUAGCAGCAUUGCUGCGGGUACAUCUCUGGCGCAGCCAAGAACGCAACAGCAGCAAGAGCAUGAGCUGACCGAUGGUCGCGGUAUUGCUGAUGCUGGUGCCGAACCGCAUGGAGUGGCAUUGGCGAGCCAACCGGUCUCCCAAGAGAGCGUCCACUCGGCCAAUGAGUUUGGCAAUUCGUGUCGCAUCUGUCGCUGGAAUCGCAGCGACAUGGAGAUCAUCAACUGUCCCUGCAAAUGUAAGGGCAGCGUGGGUUAUAUACAUUUAAAGUGUUUGAAGCGCUGGAUAAUGCAUCGACGAGAUAAUCGCUGUGAGAUAUGCAAUGCACCAUUCAAUAUAACGGCAGAUCGGGCGAGUGUGAUGCAAAUGGUGCGCGCCUUCUUCUGUGACCGCUGCUGUGGCAUGAUUCUGAAGCAUCUGCUCUUCAGCGCCUCACUGAUGCCGAUCGCCAAUGUGAUACUGCAGCAGGUGUUGCAUUGCAUGGACCAUCUAAAUCAGGGCAGCAAUGAACUGCUAACGGUGCACGAGGUAUUCUUCGCAUCGUGUGCCCUGCUCACAUCGAGUGCUCUCUUCUUUCACUUCUUCGAGUUUGUGACAACCCGAUUUCUUCUCAUUCGUAACAUAUUGCGGCAUUGGUGGAUGUUUGGCAGCACCAACGAUUUUGGCCUAGUUGAGGUUGAAGACGAUGACUUUGACCUAUUUUGAGCGGCAACAGCACAAUUAACAACAAAGCCAAAUUCAAUCAAUCGAAUUUAUCAAAGCUCUUACGGUCAGCAGGAAACCUUGAAACUUAACCGAAAUUGACAAGUUUAUCAAUAAAAAUACAAAAGGCUAGCAUAACGGUAUUUGCGUCCAGUUACGUUUUACUGCAAAGUGACCGAAUUUUACAAAUA